ACAGUGAAUAUUUCUGUGAACAAGUUCGUGCCGAUUCAAUGAAAACCGUAAUUGACAAAAAGUUUGUUUAUCAAGUUUGAUGAAGUAAAUGUGUGAUUAAAACCGUCGACCAACGUAUGAUAGAAGUACAUAAUCAUCGCUAAUCGCAUUAUUGCGUAACCAGAAACUUCAAUUAUACCGGUUAAGUAAAAACGGUCACCUCGAACUGUUACUGAAUUAAAGAAACAAGGGGAUACUCGAUUCGAAGAUACUCUUAGUGAACGACGCUUAAUAUAAAAAAAUUAGACUUGUGACAAGAAAGGAGGAUGUAAGUACGGUAGAGAAAGUCGGUUUACAGCAGCGAGUGUCAGGGUGGGAAGGUACGACCCGUAUCCAGUUUAGUUUUUAAGUUCAAGGUUCCUAAUCGAAGGAGUAUGUGCUCUGCUCCUCGAACGGAAGCAUGUCUUUUCCUCUGUACUUAUAUAUAGAACGAAUCCAUACGCCGCAGCUAAUAUAAGUCACUCGGGCGAGUGACACCGGUAGUCGCGUGUACUGCAAUGACGAGAGCAUUCUCUUAAAGUGAUCUAAAUGACUUUGGGACGUGACGUGAUAAACGAAGAAAAGAGUGAGGCCGAGGUAUGACGAUUGGAACGUUCUUUCGAGGUGAUCCACAAUAGUAGAGAGUACGCUUGUGUGGUACGUCGCAGUUUCUUCAUCUUUUCGUCUGCCGGGCGAGAAACGAAUAUAAUAUCGCGAGCGGACAAUGGACGAUAAACAGAUGCACGAGGAUAUUAUGGAGGAGCCGAGGAUCAUCGUGCAGGGACCAACGAUCACGGUCACCGAACAAAAGCCGCGACGUUAUUCGUUGACGAGUUUAAGGAAUCGACGCCUGUCGUUCGACGAUUAUUCGGGAACGGUGGAGGAGCACGACAAUGUCGCCAGAUCGAAAAUGAAGCCACUGGCUAAUCGCGAGAGAAGAACCAGGCAUUAUUCUUUAACCAGGUUAAGAGGUCGCCGUUCUUGUUUGUACCUCGACGAAGAUAUCCCGAAGACGAACGUUAACGAAGCCGUGAACGACAAAACGACGCAGACGUUAAGGGUACCAUUAAGGGAAGGGAAAACCAGGCAUUGCUCUCUAUCAGAUCUGCACGACCCCCCGAACGACCUCUUGUCAGCUAGAUGCGUCGCGGCCUUCAGAUCCGUCAGGCAUCGACAAUCGAGCAGCUCGGAGAAGAUCGUGAUCAACGACAGCCCGUUGAUUGACUCUACGAACGAUCAUGUGGAAAUCGACGCUGGUACACCGCCGCCAGCCGACGAAUCCCUGUUCUACGACAACUUCGACGGGUUCAGGCAAGCACAGAUCAACGGGAAUGACCUGAGAUCCAUAAUGUGGUCCAUCGUUCCCACUACCGAAAUGAAGAUGCUGCUGGAAUUCGAGAAAUGUAAUACGUCACUCGAACUACCUCCGGGUGAACGGAUAAAGAACAUCGCGUAUUUAUGGUUCUGCUAUCGAGGCCUAGUGCAUCAGCUACCGAAAUUGGAGCAAUUAGGCGUGAAACUCGAUUACGUCGAGCCUUACACCGGCAUGAAUGCCAUUCUGUCCGCCUCGUUGAGUGGUAACGUAGCCUGCAUCGAGCAUCUGAUAAAGAACGGCGUCGAUAUCAAUUGCAGAAAUCCAGUCAAUCAUUAUACGCCUCUUCACUUCGCCGUCCUCGGGAAUUCGUUAGACGCGGCGAAGCUGCUUCUUGAUAACGGCGCGAAACCGAGCACGUAUCUUUAUCAAGAAGUCGUGGAACCAGUUUUACAUUGCGCUAUCAGGGCAGGAGCCGACGAAAUGGUGAAAUUACUAUUAGAACGUGGUGCGAGCGUCGUCGAGAAAAAUCAUAUGUGCGAGACUCCGCUUCAUGUAGCCUGUUUCGUUCAGUCGUUGCAAUGCGUCGAAUUACUGCUCGAGUCUCCCGGUACUAACAUCAACGCGGUAGACCGCGUGCAUAGAACUCCUCUUCAUUUCUCUGUCAUGAGCACCCAUUCGUCUGCGAAGCUGGUAGAGAUUUUAUUGAAACACGGUGCUUCGGUGAACGCUGCGGACAGGACAGGCUUCACUCCGCUUCAUGUCGCGGCAUUGAACGAACAGUCUCAUUGCGUAGACGUUCUGAUUUGGGCCGGAGCGGACGUUAGCGCGACCACCAGCGCAGGACUAUCAGCUUUGAAUAUUAUACUCAGAAAAAUACCGGAGUCCCUGCAAGUAUUUCGACAGCGACUCGACGCUUCUAUAACCCUCAGGAGACCUGUUCCUCAUAACAGAGAGUUCGAGAUGAGGCUGCACUUCGAUCUUCUCUUCCCCAGUGGCAAUCAGUGCGAGACCAGCUUCAUCAACACGUUCGUCCAAGAACGUCGCAAAGAUUUACUGUCCCAUCCGCUCGUAAUGGCUUUCUUGCACUUGAAAUGGGAAAAAAUCAGGAAAUUUUAUUUGCUCAGGAUACUACUCUACGCUAUGACCGUGAUCUGCAUGACCACGUAUGUUCUCACGGCGUUGGCUUACAAGUGUUACAACUAUGACGAUGCCAGUAGCUCCAAGAUUUGCAACAGCAAACGCAUCUCCGGGUUCCUCUUCAGGCGGCCUGCGAUCGAGAUCCAAUGGUAUCUACUGCUCAUCUUCACCUGCAUCUCCAUUCCGAGGAAGAUAUUCGGCUUCAUGGUGUACACGUCCGCGAAGCAAUACUUUUCAAACAUUGAUAACGUGCUCGACGGCGUUGUUAUCAUCAGCGUUUUUGUCACGUCGUUCGUUUACACGGGACGCACGUACGAUUGGCAAAAUUAUGUCGGCGCAUUCGCUAUACUUUGCGCGUGGACCAACUUGAUGUUGAUGGUCGGUCAACUCCCAGCAUUUGGCACCUACGUCGCGAUGUUCACUCACAUACAAUUUGAAUUUGCCAAGCUCCUACUCGCUUAUUCCGGACUGCUGAUAGGAUUCACGGUCAGCUUCUGCGUUAUCUUCGUCGGUGAACCGUCCUUUGGCAACCCGUUCACUGGCCUGAUCAAAGUACUAGCGAUGAUGGCUGGAGAAUUGGACUUUGACGGACUUAUCACCCAAAUUGAUCAAGGCCUGGAGUCCGAGGGACCUUUCGUUAUUUACCAUCCUCUCUCAGUAUGCUCCCAGAUCCUGUUCACGCUUUUCAUCGUAUUCGUGACGGUGAUCUUGAUGAACCUGCUCGUCGGGAUCGCUGUUCACGAUAUUCAAGGCUUGAGGAACCACGCUGGUCUCACAAAGCUCGUACGGCAAACGAAAUUAAUUCUAUUCACGGAAAUGGUCCUACAUAAUAGUUCAAUUCCGUACGCAUUUCGAAAAUGGAUGUCCGAUCAUAAAAUCAACGUGGAGAACAGAAAGAGAGUGUUGAUAGUGAAACCACUGAAUCCUUUGGAAAAGCGGCUACCGAAGGAUAUUUUGAAAGCCGCUUACGAAAUUGCCCAGAAGAAUAUACCAUUUAUGAACGACGAUAAUAUUAGUUUGAGCGACCACGUAAUGUGGAUGAGGCAACAAGGCGAAGAAUAUUCCGACUCGAAUAUGCACCUAGUCAUCGAGAACCUGGCCAACAAGCUGCACUCCUACGAGGACAGCAUCAAAUCGCUUAAGGAGCAGAUGUUAGAUACUAAUAAAAUGCUGGAGAGUGUUGUGAAAAGUCUGGCGAAGGAGAAAAGUAAUUGAAAUCGGAAAACACCUUUAGAUUAUAUUCCCCUUAAUUUUUACGCAUAUGAAUGGAAAAAUUGAUAUUGAAGCAAAAGUUUACGGUGGAGGUCCAUCGGGGCAAGCA